AUGCAUGGACUUCGCCGAAAGCAUUCUUCAGAUCAGGUAGGGUGAUGACAACAGAGCGUUGUCUGAUGCGGGUUUUGUUAAUGAUGUCAGCCAUUUGAGCGGUGUGUUUUAGAGUGCCGGAUAAGUUAGGGGUGAAGCCCUUUUGUAUGCCGUGUUCGAUAAAAUUAUUGGAUGCGAGGAAGGAAUAUAUUGCGUUUCGAAGACAAGAUGUAAAUACUUUUAAUGGUAUGGACUAAAGUGUUAUGGGACGGAAAUUUGACGGUUCAUCAGUAUUGCCUUUCUUAUGUAUUAAUAUAUAUAGUACAGACUUUUUUCCAUUUAUUCAGGACAGUUCCAGAAGCCAAAUUACUUGAAUUAGUUCACUGAGGUAAGUUCUCGGAUAAAGACAUCGCUUAAAACAUAUUAUCGACAGCUGAUCAAGGGGGCAUUUCAUUUAACGUAUCACAUUAAUAAUAAUAAUAAUGAUGAUGAUGAUGAUGAUGGUGAUGAUGAUGAUGAUGAUGAUGACGAUGAUGAUGAUGAUGAUGAUGAUGAUGAUGAUGAUGAUGAUGAUGAUGAUGAUGAUGAUGAUGAUGAUGAUGAUGAUGAGGAUGACCAAAGUAAAAUAUAUUGUUCCACUUCGUUGCUAUGCAAAUGUAGAUACUUCCAAACGCUUAAAAAUCAUAGACGAUUUACGAAACGCCUGUUUUUUAAAGUAUAUUAAAUCAUCAUUUUGAAAAUGCCACCGCGACCUCGCAAGCAAUUGGACUCGAAAAGGAUCGAGGAUUCACUUCGAGCAAACAUUUUGCAAUUGGUAAGUUUAUUGAGCAAACUUAAUUCAUUGUAGUGGCCCUGUGGUCAAUAAUAGCAUGUUAUGCAGCUGAAUUCACGGCAAUUCAUGCAGUCAAUUUAUUCAAUUCGUCUAGAUCACCGAACAGUUGGAAGCGAUAGCAUGCCGUGCUGUUUGGAGAGUUCGCGAAACAGACAUUGACAUCGCAAGAAAUCAUAUCGCUUCAAAGCGACUUCGCCUUGACCAAGUGGUUUCUUCAAUGAACGGCGUUCAAUUCCUUUUGUCCUGCGUUACAAGUGUCAUGUGCAACGCAAAAUCCGCGAAAGACGACGACAACGAAACAAGUUACACGCCUGAAAGCUACCCAGCGAUUGCCUACUUCGUCGUGUACAAGGAAUGCGCAACUUGCCACGAGAAGAUCUUGUUUUCCACCAUUCACAACGAAGAAUUAGAUGCAGAGGUAACGCGAAUUCGAGUGCGAAAAUCAUCCGAUAGCAAUAAUGAAAUGGAAAAAGCUGCAAAACAUUUAUUCCAAGUGGUCAAGGAUCACAGCAACAAUACCAUCCAGGAGAUGCUCCAAAUAUCAAACACGUAUUGCUACAAGAAUUCCGAGGGAACGCCGUCAGAUGAUGAUGAAGAGGAUGAUGAACCCGAGUUUGUUUCAACUCAUUUCCCCAAUGUCACCUGCUGUAUAAUCGUCGUAAACGAAAGCGAGGUUUGGGAUCGUGUGGCUACAGCAGUUACAAAGCUGGAAUCAGACGGACUUGUUGUUGAUCUCGGUAACGCAUGCGUUGUAAAGUUGGACAAUCCACCGUUCUCAUCCAACAACGAUGUCGCCGCCUUGAUAAACAACAUCGAUAAAUGCAUGAAGUUAUACGACCACGCCUUAUAUCGUUCAGAAAUUUACACCAAACCAGAGGGGUCAAAUUUAACGUUUGUAAAAAUGAUGGAUGUAACUAGUUACUUGCAUAAACUUCUGGCUAACGAAGUGUUGCGUGACAAGCUGAUUCAGCAUUUUCAAGCGGUCGAUAGACUUCUGUCUCAUCCAGCAUGCGCAAUAAUUCAGUAG